AAGAUGGAAGCUAACAGAAGCUAAAUCUCCAGGACAACGGUGGUUUCAGAUAUCUCACCGCGAUGGCUUCAGAGGAUGAAAUCAGUCUGCUGGUCAUCGUCGUGGACGUGAAUCCCAUCUGGUGGGGGCAGCAGGCUCAACGUGACACGGAGUUCACCCUGUCCAAGUGUCUGGAUGCAGUGAUGGUGAUGGGAAACUCCCACAUGGCCAUGACCAGGACCAACAAACUGGCUGUCAUCGCGAGCCACUGUCAGGACAGUCACUUCCUGUAUCCCUGUAAGAGCUGGAGGUCCGGGGACGCCGGCGGGGAAGAUGCAUCCUCCAGUGGGGAUGGAAAAUAUGAACUCCUGUCAGUUGCCAAUAACCUCAUCGCAGAAGAGAUCAGGAAUGUAAUGUCAAAAACUGACGUGAGAGGAAAUUCAACUGAUACUUUGUUGGCUGGAUCACUUGCCAAAGCUCUCUGUUAUAUUAACAGGGUCUCAAAAGAGCUGGAAGUUGGACAGGAUUUAAAAUCCAGAAUAUUGGUGAUAAAAGCAGCCGAGGACUGUGCCCUCCAGUACAUGAACUUCAUGAAUGUCAUUUUUGCUGCACAGAAGCAGAACAUCCUGAUAGAUGCCUGUGUGUUGGACGCGGACUCGGGUCUCCUUCAGCAGGCUUGCGAUAUAACUGGAGGAUUGUACCUCAAGAUACCACAGAAAGUCGCCCUGGCACAAUACCUUUUGUGGGUGUUCCUGCCGGACACCGAGCAGCGUUCACAGCUGGUGCUGCCGCCGCCUGCACACGUGGACUACAGAGCGGCGUGUUUCUGCCACCGCAACCUCAUUGAGAUUGGUUACGUGUGCUCGGUUUGUUUGUCAAUAUUCUGCAACUUCAGCCCCAUCUGCACAACUUGCGAGACUGCCUUCAAAAUCCAAUUACCACAGAUGGUGAAGCCCAAAAAGAAGAAACUAAAGCAACCUAUGUGAUUUUUGACUGGAAUAUGCUAAUGUAAUGAAUCUAGUUUCCUUUUUUUGAUAUUCAGAUUAGACCAUUUCGUUUGGUUUUGUUUUGUAACAAGCUUCAGUGACAUCCUAGAAACACCUUUGAGGCAGUU